AUAUAUUUAAUAGCUUACGAAAUCUAUUCUCCAGACUCCAUUUUCACCGCCAGUUUCCUCUCAAAGUAUACGCAAUUGCGCCGCCGCAUGUCGUCGAGCAAGAGGUUGAAUUUCAGGAGAAUCUUCACCGCAAAUGGAAGCUGCGGAUGCAGUCGGAAGGCGACCGACAUUGUCGAACCUAAAUCCAAGUCCAAAAACUCAACCGAUCAAAAAAACCGCAACGGAAACGCCAGAUCCGGCGACCGUUCUACUUCCGCCGGCGUGGUCUCGUCGGAGGAUCUCGAUCGUAGCGUCAAAUGCUUGGAAACAGUGGCGAGAAUCCGCAACAGCCUCCCCGUCGUCAAAGUCUCCGACGAUCCUUACAGCGAUUUCCGGCGAUCGAUGCUUCAGAUGAUAUUGGAAAACGAGAUCUACACGGAAGACGAUCUUCAGCAUCUCCUCCGCAGCUUUUUGGAGCUGAAUUCCCCACACCACCACGAAGUAAUUUUCAAAGCGUUUAUGGAGAUUUGCAGCACCUGUAUCGCCGACGCCGGUGAGGAGUCGUCGGCGGCGCCGCCGCCGUGCUCCUCCGCUGAAACUACGUCACAUUAAUCACAAGGUACGCGCGCGCGCGUGUGUGCAAACUUGAGCUGUGCCGACCAUGUGAAUGGCUUUAAAAUGAUUUUAUAUAGUAUUUUAUUAAUUUUUGAAUGCUCAAUCACACCACGUGACUGAUUUUUUGAUUCCUCAAUCCGAUCUUCUAUUUAUCUUCACGUACAUAA